GGCUGGGGACGCUAAUCGGACUGAAUGCCAUAUGUCAAGGUCACUCGGCUACCGUAUGUACUGUUAUAUGCAGGAGACACAAUGGGGGGCAAGCUUCGUCCCAGGGGAUCAGGAGGGGGUCUAGCAGGGGGUGGGGCCUCCACGUCAACCGCCAAGCUUCUAUACUGAUCUAAACAAGGACAUUUCCUGUGAUAACAAACACUGUCAAUUCCGGAGACAUGUCAUGACGUACAUGACGUACAUACAACUGAGGAAUCAAAGAACUGAUAUUUUCACGAACAGUGCAAGACACAAACAUUCACCUCACGUUAUCAAGGAUCGCCCGUUCUGAGAACUGUUGGACGAGGAAGUGGGUGAUCAAUGGCACUGUGAUACUUGUCCAACUCCAUGUUCCUGUGUUUGUGGCAAGGGUGAAGAUCAUGAUACGGCGGUCCAUGACGAAGUCGUCUUGUGCGGCGAUACUGAUCGUGGCGCUACUAGCGUUCCUGCUGGCGUGGUACACAUAUUUAUCUAUUGGGGGAGGGUCUGGGGGAGCGAGAUACUGGGAGCAUCGUCUAAAGCAGGAACAGGAUUACGUAGACUACGUCCAGGACUCACGACUUCAUCAUCCCACGGAAUCAUUUGAAGACUAUAUCAACCCUGUGCAUUUCAAUUAUCAUAACUUUAUAAAAAGGAGGGAUAAAAUUUACUCUGAGAAGAUAUCAAAGAGGAACAAAAAGGGUAAACUAUAUGUAUAUAAUCCACACAGACUCGUUGGCAGGAGCAGUUGUGUUCCAUUCAAGACUAUGAAGAAUGGAACUCGUCUUUGUGUAUACAGCAGACGCCGAGAUCAGUUCAUUUCAUCUCACAUCCGGGACACUGGAUCCUGGGAACCGGAUCUUCUCGCUGCCAUGGCAACGGCUCUGUCAUCCGUUCCCAGAAUGCACGUAGUUGAUAUCGGGUGUAAUGUCGGCAUGUACACGAUGUACGCUGCUCUAAUGGGGAGGAAGGUUGUUGCCGUGGAUCCAAUCAGUUCAAACUUGUUCUUGCUCCAUUCCUCUCUCACGUACGCCGGACUCCGGAACAACGUCCAGCUCCUUCUCAACGCUGUCUCCGACCACGUGGAGCCUGUCAAAGUCCUCGUCAACAAAGACAACGUGGGCGGGUCCAGGAUAGAACCCGUAUCUGAGUCAACACGUAACGACAACGACACCAUUGUUGAUUCGAUAGUGUUGGAUGAUCUGGUGCGUGUUGUGGACUUCAAGAAGGUGUUUAUCAAGAUGGACAUUGAAGGUCACGAGGUGAACGCGUUUCGUCGGGCCUCCCAGUUCUUCCAAACGUUUGACGUCCGUUACAUCAUGAUGGAGUGGAUGUUUCAGCGUCACUCCCCUCACGGGCGCGAGAUCGCCAACUUCCUCACCAGGAACGGCUUUCUGCCCUACACAGACGUCUCUGCUCACGACCUCCUCGAGGUUGAAGAAUAUUUCGCUUGGCCAGAUAAUAUGAUCUGGAUCAAGAGAUGACUAUUGUGAAGUGGGAUCAGCCAUUGGGCUUGUAUGUAUUAGUCGUUAAUAGACAGAGUAUUCUCAGUGACAUGUUGGGUGUUAACUGUACGAAUGUUGUAAUCUCAAUAGUAUUCGUCGGUGUCCUUAAUAACAGGUUUUUUAACUGUCCAUGGCAAUGGUCUGUUCUCAAUGGGUGUUAACCGUGUAAACAUUGUGAUCUAAAGUGUGAGAAAGUGAGUAUUAUUUAACACCGAUUUCAACAGUAUUUCAGUUAUAUCACGGCGUGUCAGCUUAAUGUGGGAGGAAAGCCCGAAGUUAUGCAGAUCUCAGAGUUUACCACUUUAGUGAAACGCACGAGCACGGGUAUAGUGCUGACAAA